AUGGGAACUAGCAUGGCAGCAGGGCCUCUGGGUGCUUGGAUGUACAGGUCAUUCGGUUGGCAUUCCGCCUUUCUCCUAGAGGUCUUAUUCGCCCUCACUGGAGUGGUCGUGCUCCAUUGGUCAUUUAAAAAGAUUGCCUGUCACGCACGGUACUCACAGUCCACUUUGCUCAAGCACGGCGAUCCAUCUCAGCUGCCAUCCCACGCAGAUGGAGGAGGUUGGCUGUUGCUCAUUUUGGCGGUAACCACACCUCUCGUUGCCUUCACGCUCGGCGACAAUAUUCUCCGCUGGACAGAUCCUCUAGAAGUGGCCCUCCUCAUUCUCGGUCCGUUGUUUAUGGUGACGUUCGUGGUCUACGAGCUCAAGAUCGCCUCUUUCCCCGUUAUUGACAUGACACCAAUUUUCACGAAGAAGUAUCUGAGUGUCCUGUUUCAAGUGUUUGGAGUUAUUUCCAUUUUGAAUUCGGUGUGA